AUGUGUGUAGUGGGGGAAUCCUGGCACAUACCCCUGGCUCAGUCACCUGUGCCGGCCCUACUCUGCUCUGCUCUGGGCUCCAUACGUCACGCCCCAUUACCACACCACCUGACGCAUGGUGGGCUGUGUAACGUGUGUGUGUAACUUGGCUCGACAUCUCUCCAAAGCCAUUAGCUGAAAUAUGGCCUUUCCUCCCAGGCUGUUUUUGAUCCCCAUUUACCUUCUCUCUCUGACUCUUUGUUAGGGUAUUAGAACUGUACUCAAAUCAUCACCCUCAGGUUUGUGCCACAGGCACCCUUUCUCUCUGUCCCUGUGUGUGUGUGUUAGAGUUGUCUGGUUAAUGUUGUUAACCCUGCUGUCUUCACUUCUGGUUGAAAUGUUUCAACAUGUAACCAUGUGUGAGACUGAGAGUAUGUGACUUUGUAUGUUUUUAGGCCUGAGUAGUCUGGUUAGUGUUGAGAAUACUGUUUCCUGUCCUUUCCACACUUGUUAAAGUGCUGAGUCAUCAUGUGUUUCUGUGUUUGAGAGCGUGUUGUGUGUCUAAAACUGUGUUGUUGUUUUUUACAGGUGUUGGGUCUACCACUGUGGUGGCGUUCUCUGCCUUCCUCAAUGGGCACUACCCACCAGCAGACCUGACUGGAGACGUGGCCGUAUCUUACAGCUCUCCUACAGGUACACACACUGAUAAUCUCAAACAUAUCAUGUCUUUCUACAACCUGUCUGAAACAUAUCACACUUGCCUCAUCUCUCUCAUGAAUUAAUGCUUUUAUGUUUCCCUGUCUGUGACUUAUCUUAAGUCCAUAAAAGUCCUGACGUCUGUCUAUAACAGCACUAACGUGGUUGUAACAGCUCUGACAUCUGGCUGUAUCAGUACUGACAUAUGUCUGUUACCAGAUGGACAUCUGGCUGUAUCAGUACUGACAUAUGUCUGUUACCAGAUGGACUGACAGUAACAGCCCUGAUAGUUGGCUGUAACAGUACUGACAUCUGGCUGUAGCAGCUCUGUACCCUUUAAAACCACUGAAUGGGUAACAGCGGCAUCUGGUUCCAGGCAGUAUGUAUUUCUGGAAGACAUUACUCUCCCCUCUAACCAACAAAACCCCUCUUUAUUUACAUUAAAAUGUCAUGGGUUUUAUUAUUUCACUUGAUUCAAAGCGGCUCACAAAAAAGCGCCAUUUGUACUAUUGUUUCCCUUGGACUGUCUGUGUUGGCAGCUCCUUGUGGAAAGGUUCCCUGAAAUCACAUUAAAUGUGAAAUGGCUUGGAAAUAUCGAGGCAUUUUUUUUAUUGUGAUGCUAAAAAUAGCGGGGGUGGAAAAGAGAGGAGUCUGGAGUUUUUCACAGGCCUUCCAACGACGGCUGCCCUGUGUUUUGGUGCAGUAGGUCAUUACUUAGAUCACAGGUAGGGCUCACAGUAACUGAGAGAGAAGGGAGCGAGAGAGAGAGAGGGGGGAGAUGUACUGACAGCAGGGGUAGGAGGGAUGGCUACACACACACACACACACACACACACACACCUGUGGAUAUAUGACAGUGUUUAGUGGACUAUAUUUCUCUCUGUGCAUCAGUGUGUGUAUGGAUGUGUUAGCCCUCUGGCUAGGUGUUAGACAGAGCAGUGUUAAUCUUCAUUAGCACUCUCCUCCACUCCUCUCCUCUGAAUGCCUGGCUGGAAUGGGAGGAAUGCAGCAGUCUAUACUGGGGGCGUUCUCUCCUUCUGCCGCUGCACCCAGAGGCAACGAUUACAACUCACAACUCUCUGUUACUGUCUACUCUCCUUUCCCUAGAGCCCAUCAAAGGGAUUUGCAGUAGUGCUCUCCCACUGUCCACUAUCUAAUGUAGUAAGGCCAUGUUGGGGGCCAUCCACUGUCUCAAUCAAUUAUUUCACAUUCAUUUUUAAUCACGCCAGCCUCUGUGUGUCUCUGUCUGUCUGUGUGUCUCUGUCUCUGUGUGUGUGUGUGUGUGUGUGUGGGUGUGUGUGUGUGUGUGUGUGUACGUACAUCUCUCUCUGUCUAUUUCCCCUCUAUCUGUAUAUUUAUUCUGUGUUCUGCUCCAUUUGACCUGUGCUAAAUCUCUGCCCCGCUCUCCUCUGCUAUCCUUUCCCCUCCUCUCCUUCCGCUCCUCUCCUUUCCUCUCCUCGGCAGCCAGUGUGGCUAAACCCAGCCAACAGAGGGAGAGAGAGGGGGAGAGAAAAAGAGAGAGGGAGAGCGAUGGAUGGCUUUCAUCAGCGCUAACAAAGCGUGAAAUACACAAGCACAGCACUGGGGCCUGCUGCACUUUAAUACUCAAUCUGGCCCUCAUUGACUGUGCUGCUAGACUGCUAGAGGAAUCAGUGGCACAUGAUUCAGUGUGGAGCUCGUUGCUCAGUCAAUGAAAUGCAUUCAGCACCACCUUGAGUCCUCCAGCAUUUAAUUAACUUCACUCAGUGUCAGACAAAUUACUGUGUAGGUGAUUGUGUAGUUGAAUGCUUGUCAUUGAUUAUUUCAAUAACAGCGGUUUGGUAGAAUGAUUUUUUGAAGAAUGUGCACUUUUUAAAAAAUUGAAUCAUUAUAGAAUUAAUCAGUCCACAGCUGGCUGAUAAUGUGUUUUGCUGACUAGAACCAUUUUGUCUCCUGAAUUGAUGUUAAGCUGAAUGUGUUUGGCUGGUUGUUGGUUAUUCUUGGCCGUCUGUAGCUACAGUAGUCGAUGUCUCUGUUUUUAGACUGUCUGUAUUCUGUCAGUCUGGUACUUAAGCCUAGAAGGUCUGUUAUGUUAUUCUGUCUGUCUCAUUGUCCAUGGUCAGUCUCAAGCCUGCUGUCUGUGUCUAAGGUAGAGCCUUUGACUUCUGAGCACACAUUUCAUCAAAUAGACUGACUGAGAUGACGUCUGUGCGGAUGGGGUGCAUCACGAUUCAAAAAGUGGCUUCUGAUUUGUCGGCAUCAUCAUUCUGCGAUCAACAGGAGUCUACUUUCACCUGUCCAGUUCUUCAUUUGGUGCAGAUAGAGGAAAAUACACAAGGAGAGGACUCCACUUUCCAGAGAGAUGAGAGGGAGGGAGGAGAGAACAGGGAGAUGAGAGCGGUGGAACGGAGGAGGAAGAGAGAUGAGAGGGAGGGAGGAGAGAACAGGGAGACGAGAGCGGUGGAACGGAGGAGGAAGAGAGAUGGGAGGAAACGAGGGGAGAGACUAAAGCGGGGGAUGGAAGUAGCGAGGCAGGGAUGAAGGGAGGGGGUGAAAGGGGGCGGGGUGUGUGUAAAGUGAACGAGUGGGCGCCAGUGUUUACGUGCCCUGGGCCAGGGCCCUCUAAAGUGACUGUGUUGUGUUUGUGUUUCUCCUGCUCUGCGGCUGGCCCAUAUGAAAGAACUCAACCCUGCAGGUAAGUAGACUGGGCUCUGCCCUGGGAAGCACAGGAAGAGCCCACAGCCCACUGUUUAUGUUCCCCCGUAACACGAUAUAGCUAGAGAGAGACAUGCACACACACACACAGUUUCACAUACACACUUUUGGUUACACAUACUGUACACAUGGGCACGCCACAUACACAUGCAGACACUUAUGCACUUGUAUGUACUUGCUCCCACACACAUAUACACAGACUACAUAUUACAGCUAAAUAGUUGGGUGUCUAGUUCUGAGUAGCGUGUGUUUAUUUCUGUCUGUCCGUGCCUCUGUCUGUUCAUAUGUGCUGUGAUACAGUAGAUGUCCUCCCUUUUGAUCAGUGUGCUUUUAAGAGAACUACCUUCCCUGUGACACACACACACAGACGUUUCAUCGCAUCGAUGACAUCAUUGCAGCUGCACAAUGAACGUGAUCCCUUACGGUCGCCCUGAGGUCAAAUAAACAGAGUGGUCAGAGAGACUUCACACACACACUCAUUGAGGUAUCAUGCAGUAUGACUAGUGCUGGUGAAAUCAGGCUGCUGAAGUUCCAGACUAGUUCCAUUAUCCAUUUGGAGAGAAUGAGUGACAGCACAUGUUUAUAUACAAUAUAUUUAUAUUCUACUUUGGAGAAAAGUAGCCUGCUCACAUAAUUACUACAGAAACCCUCAUAGGCCUCAUAUCUACCAGUGACCCCAUGGUGAGGUCAGGUGUAUAGAACAGGAGUUGGCCAACAUAGGGCAACAAUGACAGCUCAGGUGAGACAUAUAAACAUAGAAGGCCCAUGCAGGUAAAUCAUAGUGGCGAGUGAGGGUCGUAACUCUGCCGUGGCAGCCUGAGAAUACACAGGGGGUGUCUGGGAUACAGUGUGUGAAGAGGUGGGACCAGUUUAGAUUUACAGGCAGGGCAUCCCCCUCUUCCUAACCACACACACACAUCGUUUGUCUUUAGAGAGUGCCGACUAGUCAAUGGCGGCUGGGAACCUGAGAAGGGAAAAAUGUUUCCCCUAGUUCUUUCUGGUCUCCGUCUUCUCUCUUACUAUCAUUCCCUCCCUCCCUCUCACUCCUUUCUUUUCUCCCUCCAGUGUUUUCCCUCAAUUUCAGUCAGUCCCCUCUACCCCCUCCCUCUUUCUUUCGACCACACCCCUCAUUGAUGGCAGGACAUUUACAUUGAAAACAUUUGAAGAUCGUUUAACAAACACUUUAAUAUUCUAAUAGUCUAAGGGCCAACAGUGUGACUGUGGUCAAACAUCCUCUCGAUUCGACACCCUUCAGUAGCCUCAAUAGGAGUUUGCACAGUUUGAAGAUGCUUUUAAAAAGCCACGUCUACAGGUUACUCUACAGAAAAAGAGAGUUAGAGAGACCGAGAGACAAAGAAAGAAAGCGAGAGGGUGAAAAGAAAAGGGGAAAAAUAGGAAGCGAGGGAAGGAUAACUGAAGAGAGGGAGGCAGGGAGAACACCCUGUCUAUACUCUGGGUCCCUAGGGCUGUGAUGUUGCCCUAUUAUGUUAGUGGUUGCUGCUACAUGAGCCAGGGCGAUGUAAAGCCCCUACAGUACACGGCUUAGGUUACCUGGCCAGACAUAACAGGAAGGUAUUAUACUUGCACUGGCUAGCGAUGGGCCUGGCCCGCUACUGGAAAAGACCCUGCGCUUUCUCUUCUCUACACUUCUUCAUUCUCUCUCUCUCUCUCUCUCAGCCUUCUUCCUGGAGAGUGAGCGACUCUUGCACUAUGCCUUGGCUUGAACACUCUUUCUCACUUUCGUUCCCUUUCCAUCUGUCUUUCUAUUCAUCUCUCGCUCCGUCCCAAAUUUGGACCUUUCUGUUUUUUCACUCUCUUUACCUGUUUCUUUCUCUCUCACUCUCUUUAUCCCCUUUCCCUCUCUUUCCCUAUUUCUCUUUUCUCUCUUGUGAAAGGAUAGAAAAGAGAGAAAAAAGGGAAUUCCCCCCAGAACACUCUCUCGCUCUCUCUGUCUCUCUGUCUCUCUCUGUUAUUCCAGCCAGGGUUCUGGCCAGCUCAGCAUCGUCAGCCAACUCUGGAAGAGUUAUGGUUGGCCACCUCGGCCUGUAACGCUCCCCGGUGCUGUUUUAGCAGUUCCCUUAACCAGAGAUCCUCCAAAAACAUCCACAACUCAGUCAUUUGAGAUGUUUGUGUUGAGUCUCACUCACAGAUUGGCUUCAGUGUAGUGAAUAUGCAUGAAAUUAUCUCAAUCAUGUUAAUGAAUGUGAUGGUUUUAAGAGGACAUUUCUAAAGGAAAAGUGUUUUUAAGGGGAUUUUCUAUCAGAGAUAAUUUGCCUUGGGGGAUAUUUAAAGCGAACACCUCUUAAGCAUGAAAUACCAAUAAUCUCACUUCCGAUAGACUACCGAUAUGUACUUAUCACAGUGGGAGGCCGUUCCUUCUCUUGCUAUAUCAAAAGCGGUUCCUGCUACGUGCCGACUGCGUGUAGAAUCGCAAUACUCGUCAGUGGCCAACAGCUUGACUUUGAGCUAAUCAGAGUGCCCAAACCCCCAUGUGGGGGAGCCAACAGGAGUGACAAGAAAAAGGAAAAAAAUAGGGGAUUUUCUUCCUACAUCCAUGGUUAAAUGUCAUGAGCCAGUCACACUUCAUAUGCAAUGUAGGCUAUGGGAUGGUAGCUAGCUAAGUGCACAGACAAAAUGCAAACCACUGUAGCUAGUAUUGACAUUAUAAUGCCUGUGUAAGAUGCCGAGUUACUGCAGUGUCCUUAGCUAGCUAGCUAUGUUGUGCUAACUAGCAAAUAUGCUAAUGUUAGCUAAACAUUUGGCUAUGGGCAGGCACUGGCAGUAUGGGAUUAUGCAGAGUGAAUUAAAUUGUUUCUUCGUCAUCUUGCUAGGUAGUUAUCUAGCUGUGACCAUCUGGCUAGUAUCAACAAGGGCUUUCUACAAAAAUAGCAACAUUAGCGCAGCUAGCUAGCUAACAUUGGAAACCAUACUGUAAGCAACACACACAGACAUGCAUUGCCAACAACGCUACUGCCACCUUCUAGUUUGGAGUAUUUUAACAAGGGUGAGUGGCUGACGACUUCAAGGUCUUUGCUGUGUGAACACAAAAGAGAUUGACUGCCGACACUCUGUUCAGAGGUGCUAAGUACUGUCGGCAGGCAAGCGUUUGACAAUCCUACCAGUGUGUCUGAGCUAUUAGAGAGAAUUCUUGAGAAUUCUAUAAACCGUUCUAGCACAGCCAUGUCUUAACCACACACACCGUGAUAGAGCACAUUGACACAUUCAUUAAAAGACCACACACACUGCGACCUGUGAGCUGCACGUUUCACAAAACCUCCUCCUCACAUUCACCCUCACUCUCCUCUGCUCUCCUCUCAGGCAUCCCGAGGGUGGCCCAGUGUAAGUUCUCCCUGCCCCUCCGUCUGGUCUGCUGCCCCUCCUCCCCCUCCAAGAACGCCAAGUACAAGAUCACCGUGGAUACCAACAAACCGCCCGUCAACCUCAGCGAGGUCUUCCCAGGUAAUAAACCAUAGAGAUCUACCUGAGGCACCCCAGAACCUGGUCUGUACCAUAGAUCUCUACAUGGCCUGUUCUCCACUGGUUCCCGGUACACCCAGGGAUAGAGAGAGAGUGGUGUUCCGUGAGGAUAGUGGUUAAUUUUUCAGUCUGCUUGUCUUCGAUAGUGUCAACUGCGUGAAAGUGAAUGGCAUGUAUUUGCCCUGGAAUGGAGAGUGUGUGGUAUGUAUUGAUGCUGUUGAUAGUGUGAGUGGGAAUCUAGUCUACUUGCUGUUGGUGAGCAGGUCUCAGCCCUGGGAAGCAGCUCUGACUAUCAGUCAUUAUCUGGAGCUGGGCAUGGCGUCUCCUACUACACAGGACCCCUGUCCCAGAUUAGAUGCAUGAAGAUAGUGUGCGUGUGUCUCUGUGGGCAGAUAAAGAACAAUGUGAUGUGCUCUGUUCACCUUGGCUGGCGUCCUGAGGAGAGAUAAGCUGCCAUAUCUCUGUCUGACAUCCCACCGCUGGAGACCCCACUAUACUGGCCCCUGAGAAGUGGUAGGGAGCCCAUACUGUAUCUCUGCCUGACAUCCCACCACUGUACCGGUCCGUGGGAACGUUAAGUCUGUGUGUGAAAAAUUGGUUAUUGUGGUGUUUCAGGGGACCAUUUUCAUUUAUGUGCCAUUAUCAGACAGAUACAGUGGUGUGAAAAAGUGUUUGCCCCCUUCCUGAUUUCUUACUUUUUUGCAUGUUUGUCACACUUAAAUGUUUCAGAUCAUCAAACAAAUUUAAAUAUUAGUCAAAGAUAACACAAGUAAAGACAAAAUGCAUUUUUGAAAUGAAGGUUGUUAUUAAGGGAAAACAAAAUCCAAACCCACAUGGCCCUGUGUGAAAAAGUGAUUGCCCCCUACAACCUUAUAACUGGUUGGGCCACCCUUAGCAGCAACAACUGCAAUCAAGCGUUUGCGAUAACUUGCAAUGAGUCUUUUACAGCGCUGUGGAGGAAUUUUGGCCCACUCAUCUUUGCAGAAUUGUUGUAAUUCAGCCACAUUGGAGGGUUUUCGAGCAUGAACUGCCUUUUUAAGGUCAUGCCACAGCAUCUCAAUAGGAUUCAGGUCAGGACUUUUACUAGGCCACUCCAAAGUCUUCAUUUUCUUUUUCUUCAGCCAUUCAGAGGUGGACUUGCUGGUGUGUUUUGGAUCAUUGUCCUGCUGCAGAACCCAAGUUCGCUUCAGCUUGAGGUCACAAACAGAUGGCCGGACAUUCUCCUUCAGGAUUUUUUGGUAGACAGCAGAAUUCAUGGUUCCAUUUAUCACAGCAAGUCUUCCAGGUCCUGAAGCAGCAAAACAGGCCCAGACCAUCACACUACCACCACCAUAUUUUACUGUUGGUAUGAUGUUCUUUUUCUGAAAUGCGGUGUUACUUUUACGCCAGAUGUAAUGGGACACACACCUUCCAAAAAGUUCAACUUUUGUCUCGUCAGUCCACAGAGUAUUUUCCCAAGGUCUUGGGGAUCAUCAAGGUGUUUUCUGGCAAAAAUGAGACGAGCCUUAAUGUUCUUUUUGCUCAGCAGUGGUUUUUGUCUUGGAACUCUGCCAUGCAGGCCAUUUUUGCCCAGUCUCUUUCUUAUGGUGGAGUCAUGAACACUGACCUUAACUGAGGCCUGCAGCUCUUUGGAUGUUGUUGUGGGGUCUUUAGUGACCUCUUGGAUGAGUCGUCGCUGCGCUCUUGGGGUAAUUUUGGUCGGCCGGCCACUCCUGGGAAGGUUCACCACGGUUCCAUGUUUUCGCCAUUUGUGGAUAAUGGCUCUCACUGUGGUUCGCUGGAGUCCCAAAGCUUUAGAAAUGGCUUUAUAACCUUUUCCAGACUGAUCUCAAUUACUUUCUUUCUCAUUUGUUCCUGAAUUUCCUUGGAUCUCGGCAUGAUGUCUAGCUUUUGAGGAUCUUUUGGUCUACUUCACUUUGUCAGGCAGGUCCUAUUUAAGUGAUUCCUUGAUUGAGAACAGGUGUGGCAGUAAUCAGGCCUGGGUGUGGCUAGAGGAAUUGAACUCAGGUGUGAUAAACCACAGAUGAGUUGGGUUAUAACAGGGGGGGGCAAACACUUUUUCACACAGGGCCAUGUAGGUUUGGAUUUUGUUUUCCCUUAAUAAUAACAACCUUCAUUUCAAAACUGCAUUUUGUGUUUACUUGUGUUAUCUUUGACUAAUAUUUAAAUUAGUUUGAUGAUCUGAAACAUUUAAGUGUGACAAACAUGCAAACAAAUAACAAAUCAGGAAGGGGGCAAACACUUUUUCACACCAAUGUAUAUCUGUGUCCUUAACCAAUGGACUCUAUAGUUCCUAUUGUUCUCACUGAAUGUCCCUCUCUGUGUUGUAGACUUUCUGGAGAAGUCUGAGGACAAGGAGGGAAACGCUCUGGCCUUCCACUUCCUCUCAGGGCCCAGAGUCACUGUACUGGCCUCCAAGACCUCCCGUGAGUACACACAUACGCAGCAUCCUCUAGCACUUGGUUGAUGUGGAGUUGAGCUUUCUCACCACCUUCCGGAGACAUUUGAAACCCCACCUCUUUAAGGAAUACCUGGGAUAGGAUAAAGUGUUCCUUCUAACCCCCCCCCCCCCCCCCCCAAUUGUAAAGUGGUUAUCCUACUGGCUAUAGGGUGAACGCACCAAUUUGCGAGUCGCUCUGGCUAAGAGCGUCUGCUAAAUGACGUUAAUGUGCCCUUGAGCAAGGCACUUAACCCUAAUUGCUCCUGUAAGUCGCUCUGGAUAAGAGCGUCUGCUAAAUGACUAAAAUGUAAAUGUAAAUGUCUACCUCCCUCUCCCUUUCUCUCCUCUCCAGAGCGCUACCGUAUCCAGAGUGAGAGUUUUCGAGAACAUCUGGCUGGUGGCUAAGGAGCUGGUGCAGCGCUUCGACCGCCACUUUGCCAAGCAGGGAGUCAAAGACUUCAGAAACAGCUUUGCAGGCCCUAUACCUCUGGCUGAGUACUUUGAGACUGUCGACCACCACUUUGAGGUAUGUAUUGAACACAGACACACUGUCACACACGCAUUCAUGAGUUGUGUUUGUAGGUACAGCUUUUGCCUGCAGUGUUAGAACAACAUUCAGUGUGUGUGUUCGUUUAGCUGCGUGUGAGUGCAGAGAAGUACCAGGACCUCCUGUCAGAGCGGGCGAUCCAGUUCAGAGCCAUCCAACGCCGUCUCCUGACCCGCUUCAAAGACAAGACCCCCGCCCCCCUGCAGAACCUAGACACACUGAUGGAGGGCACGUACCGCCAGGUCAGACACACACACACACACUAGACUAGGACACUCAGGCAUGCACAUAGCAUUUAGAAACAUGAUGGAGAGUCUCUCUCCCCUCACUUUUGUGAGGUGUUGAUUUUUCCCUACCUCACACCAUAUGGUGAUUUACACACACCACACACACACCUACACACACACACCUACUGUACAAACACACACACACAGAGUAAUGAGUGCACUAGUGUUGA